ACAGACAUACCCAUGUGGGCGCAUGCACGUGAACUAAUAAAAGGUUUACAUGUGUAGUCUUAUGUCAAGAAUUUAAAUACCCCCAACUACUUCCACUCAAGGUGUUAAAGCAGUUGGAGAUUUCUAUAGUGUAGGUUCGUGAAGCUGUCCAAACAUAUGGCGCCGUCUGUGGGAAAUUGAACAAAAAGUGGUGUAGCUUAACUAGCUGAAGUUAAAGAUGAUACGUACCUUUAUUGGGAAUCGCCCUCCAAGAGAUGACAUGGACGAACAGGAUAAUACUCAGCCUUUGGAGAGUGACCCAAAUGACUUUCAGCCAAUGCCAAGGAACCUUUUUGUUAGAGGAGCGGAACAAGAAUAGUUGAAUAGCUCAGAUGAUGAAUGAACACCUACUGGGUAUGCAACCCAGCCUAAAGAACAAUUUCACAUUCCAGCGGAAACAAGGGGAAGGCAUCCCAGAUAAAACAAUUCACGACCUGAGAGACCCAUGGAAUUUGCUCGGACGACCAAGCUAGAAGAAAGAAUCAGAGUUCUAGAAAUGGCAAUGGGAAGAAUCCUCUCCCGUUUGAUCCCUAAUGACCCCUUAAUUCCUUUGCUGAAUAGGGGUGAAUUGCCAGCAGUAGAAGUUGCAACCCGCAACUCCCCCGCCUUGAGUAAUGUGGUGGUUCCAACCAAGCCAAGGGGAAGUGGAAAAUUAAAUCCAGAGUCCAGUUCGUCAAAGUAUAGUGAGGAGUUAAUGAAGAAAAAUGCAGAACUCGAAAAGCAACUUAAAGAUAUACAAAGGUCUGUUGACAAGCUGAAAAGUCCGAGGUCGCAUCAACAAGCCUUGGAUUUAGACAGCACUCCUUUCAACUUGUCCAUUACAACAAAACCAUAUCAAGAGGGAUUCAAGAUUUCUCACUUAGAAACAUAUGAUGGUUCUGACGACCCAAUCGAACACUUGCACACCUAUCAGGCCAUCAUAAAAAUUCAGAAUGCUACUGAUGCGAUGAUGUGCAAAGUGUUACCUGCAACGUUGAAGUCCAUUGCUAGAAGAUGGUACCACAAGCUUCCCAGACACUCCAUAGCUUCUUACUCCCAGCUCGCUACUUUGUUCUCUAACAAAUUUGCAAGCCAGAGGGAGAUAAAACAAAUUGCUACCGAGCUAAUGCAGAUCCAGCAUUGGGUCAAGAGACCACCUCCUCCGCUACAUGAUUCCCCACUAGUAGACAGAAGCAAAUAUUGUGACUAUCAUUGUGGGUAUGGCCACAAUAUAGAUGAUUGUAAGAGUUUGAAGGACGAUCUGGAUUUCUUAGCUCGUAAUGGAAAACUGGAAGGAUAUGUCCAAAAACCCUACGCCCAACAACCCACUGCUGUUCUAAAUGCUCUCAAGGAUAUGUGCAAGAACUUACCCCUCAAUUGGUCGGGCUUAGAUCCUUGUGGUGAUGGCUGGGUAGGAAUUGAGUGCACGGAUUCACGAGUCACCUCGAUAACAUUGGCAAACAUGGGCUUGGAAGGGCAGGUGUUUAGUGAAAUUCCAUCCUUAACUGAACUACAGACUUUGGAUCUAUCUUACAACAAGGGCCUGACAGGUUCUCUUCCAGCAUCAAUUGGGGAUUUAACGAAGCUAACAAACUUAAACCUUAUUGGCUGUGGUUUCACUGGUGCAAUUCCUGACACGAUAGGAAAUCUACAACAGCUGAUCAUGUUAUCUCUGAAUUCCAAUCGCUUCAGGGGACAAAUUCCACCAUCUAUUGGUAAUCUAUCGAAACUAUAUUGGUUGGAUCUGGCUGACAACCAGCUAGAAGGACCAAUUCCUGUGUCAGAUGGAACUACACCUGGCCUUGACAAGUUAUUUGACAGCAACAACCUCAGCGGUCCUAUCCCUUCAACCCUUGGGCUUGUGCAAUCUUUACAGGUGAUACGUUUUGAUAACAAUUCCUUAAGCGGGAGGUUUCCAUCAAACCUCAACAAUCUCACAAGUCUUCAAGAUCUGUAUUUGUCUAACAAUAACCGGAGUGGCUCUUUACCCUCCCUUACUGGCAUGAGCAAUCUCAACACCUUGGACUUGAGUAAUAAUAGCUUCAGUACCUCUGUGAUUCCUACAUGGAUUUCAUCUUUGCUAUCCUUAACAACACUGAGGAUGGAAAACACUCAACUUCAAGGUCGAGUUCCUGACAGCCUCUUCAGCCUUCCAAAUUUGCAAACUUUAAUUGGUGAUAACCCUGUUUGUGAAGCGAUAGGAGUAGCGAAAACUAACUGUGUGGUUCCACAAUCAAAUUCCACUUCCUUGUGUACUACCCCUCCCAGCAUUUGCCUGCCUGCUACAUGUAGUUCAGACCAGGUUUCUAGCCCCAGAUGCGGAUACCAUAAAGACUCUAAAAAAUCAACUACUGGCAUCAUUAUUGGAGCAGCUGUUGGUGGCUCUGUGCUUCUGGUACUUUCAUUGCUUACUGGGGUUUAUGCUUUUUGUCAAAAGAGGAAGGCAGAAAGAGCAAUCCUAGAGAGCAACCCUUUUGCUCACUGGGAUGUUAAGAAAAGCAAUGGAAGCAUUCCUCAGUUAAGAGGUGCAAGAUGUUUCUCUUUUGAGGAGCUUAAGAAAUAUACAAAUAACUUUUCAGAGGCCAAUGAUAUUGGAUCUAGGGGUUAUGGAAAGGAAAGUCAGGAAUCAGACUGGACUAGACCAGGCGACUCAAAAUUGCCCUUGGUGCAGCUAGAGGCCUGGCAUAUCUACAUGAACUUGCUUAUCCUCCCAUCAUACAUAGGGACAUUAAAUCAUCCAACUUAUUAUUGGAUCAGCGCCUCGUUGCUAAAGUUGUCAAUUUCGGUCUCUCCAAGCUUAUCAAUGAAAAAGGUCAUGUUACCACUCAAGUCAAAAGGACAAUGGGUGAGAAUGGCAUUGGAUAAGACAAAAGACUUGUACAAUCUUCAGCAGAUUCUUGUCCCAGCCAUUGUGGAUACAAGCCUGAAAGGUUUAGAAAAUUUUGUGGACCUAGCAAUGACCUGUGUGGAAGAAUCUGGAGCUAACAGGCCUACAAUGGGUAAAGUGGUAAAAGAGAUUGAAAAUAUCAUGCAGACUAUUGGGAUGAAUCCCAAUGCUGAGUCAGCCACAAGUUCGUCAAGUUAUGAGGAGGCAUCCAAGGGAAAUACCCUCCAUCCAUACAGUAAUGAGUCCUUUGCUUAUAGUGAUUCAUUUCCAGUUUCAAAAGUUUGAACACAUGUUUGUUUUGUUUUGUUUUGUUUUUUUUUUUUGAACAUAUGUUGAGUUUGAUUUUAGUUUAGUUUUUGGAGAAUUGAACAGCUUGUGUCUAGAAUUCAGUUUGACUAGAGGAUAUAUAUAUAUAUAUAUUGGAAAUGAUGCUUAUUAGCUUUACCUCCUAAAGAUUAGGAGGAAAAUCAUCCAAAAAUUAUGUCGUUUCAAUAAAUUUUUAUUAAAUAA